UCUUGCUCCACGGCACGCUCCACGCCACCAUCUUCGAGGCCGAGUCGCUCUCCAACCCGCACCGCGCCACUGGCGGCGCCCCCAAGUUCAUCCGUAAGAGAUGGAGGAGUCUGGAUUCGCCAUCACCAGCAUCAAUGGAAGGAUCAACAGGGCUGUUUGGGGGCCACUAAUCAGGACCAUCGUCACUGCUAGGGAGGAUGCUACCAUUCGCAUAUGGGACUCAGAGGAGGAUGAGGAGCGAGAACGGGUGUGCCAGAAGCAAGGCCACCAGCGCGAAGGCGACCAUGGUGGCGUAGUUGACGCAGAAUUGGAUUUUGGGAAAAAGCUUCCAUCAUUCUUCUUCAUUCAAAAGAGGAUGGCUUUUUCAGAUGAUGGAAAGAUGAAGCCAAACCUUUUUCGGACAAGGGGUAACAGGUGUAUUGCCAUGACCAACAAUGGUGUAGAGAAGAAAAACAAGAGGAGCAGCAACAGGCGAUGCGCUAAGGUGGGGGCAAUUAAACAAUCUGAAUGAAGCAGGUCAUCAUUCGGAGUUGGUCAUGGGCUCAUGGCAGAGCGCCCCUCGUUUGUGGAGUUCCUCGAGGCAUAUUUAUAAUAAUGUUAUAUAUUUAUAUCGUUAAUAUAAUAUUAGUGUUACGAUGAUAUUUUGUCACAUGGAUUUUACAUAUUAUAUUAAUAUUUGUCAUUCUGUA